CAGAUUAAAUAUUUUGGUUAGGUUUCAAGACAAAUUGAUAUAUGAAGUGCAAAGGUAUUCAUAAUUCUUACUUUGAAAUUGUGCAGCACAUAAAGUGAAUAACGUAGCGUUAUAAAAUUAGUUUAACCAAGGUUGCUCCUUAGGAAUGAUGUGAAGAAUGUCACGCAAAAGCACAAACAAAAGUUCCGCUUCCAGUCGAAUGAUCAGAAUUACCGUUGUAGGGGAUGGUGACAUCGGAAAAACUUGUUUACUUCUUGUUUACAAGGACAAAAAAUUUGAUGAUAGAUAUAUCCCAACAAUAUUUGAUGAAUACUCCAUGACGAUUCCGAUCAACUACGAACCGUACACAAUUAUUCUAUCUGAUACGGCAGGCCAGGAAGAGUUCGACAAAUUAAGACGGAUGGCUUAUCGCUUUGCUGACGCUUUUCUAGUAUGUUACUCUAUUGCCGAAAGGAAUUCGUUUGAAAAUAUUGUUCAUACAUGGGCACCAGAACUUAGGAGAUGUAGGGCUGAGGCGAAAAUAAUAUUAGUUGCAACAAAAAUCGAUCUGAAGAACGAAAGACAAGUAUUGACGGAGGAAGGUGAAGCACUGGCAAAAGAAAUCGGCGCAGCUGGAUUUAUUGAAACUUCUGCAAUAAAUCAAUGGAACAUCGAUGCCGCUUUUCAGAUGGCUCUUAUGGCAGUUUUAACUUCCAGGAAGGAAAGAAGUAAACCGAAAACUCACUGUUACUUAUUAUGAUAUUGAAAUUAACCUGCCUUAUUAUUUAGGGCCUAGAAUAAAUAACAUAAUUCCUAAGAGUAUCAGGGACCUAAAAAGCCAAUACCUAUUUGUUCAAAAAAGGAUGUCGAUGUAGAGGUUUCAUUUCUGAUAAUCUUAAAAAAUUUAUAUUUGUAGAUAUUAAUAGGUACUUGUUAAAAAAAUUAAAUACCUACCUAUUUUAUUUUGUUACACUUGUGGAUUUCUAGCAUUACAGUGUCAAUAUGUUGAAACCCGACUUGCAUUGCAUAUUACACUGCUCUGCUGUUUUCCUUAAUACAUAGGUAGGUACUAAUAUUUAACAUGCCACACAGGUGCCUCGCACCUAGGUGCAUUACGAUUGAUUAAUUAGCUUAGAUUAUAUAGAAUGUAGUAUAUAGUAUUGUAAAGUAUUUUUGCUUUCCGAAUAAAUGAAUGAAAUAAAUUAUUGAUUAAAGGGAAAAAAUAAAAU